AUGGGUUGCAACCUCUACGUAGCAAUAGCCCAUUUCCAACCUGUCGAUCUAUCCUCAGCAUAUUCUACUAAACCUGCUGGGCCGGAUAAACGCACGCGCGACGCAAGGGUCGCACCAAGUCAUAGCGAGCUGAGUCACCGCAUGAGUCAUCAUGUCAAUUUGUCAUUAUGUACAGCACUGCGUUUACGAACGGAACAAGAGGGCAGAAGAGACCGUCGGACACGGGCCGCGGACACGAGCCGCGGACGCGGACACGGGCCCGGGAGCUUUUCCGUCAGAUGCCCGGGAAUCCGAGAUAGCACCUCUGAUGUUUCCCGUAGAAACAGACUUGGUACUCAGUUAUCAGCUGCAAAUCAGUCAGCGUCAGUAAAUUAUAGCAAUAAGGCUAAGAAAUGUUUAAAUCCAAUAGACCACAUUAUUGGAGAUCUUUGA